CUUUUCUCCCCCUCCCCGUACGGUACGCACGCCGUAUGAACUCGAUCAAUCAAACUGCCCCCUGCGUUCUGGCAGAUCGCCAGCUGGGUCCGCAGGUCUCCGUGCGCUGCCGAAGUUUCGACUUUACGGUCACAUUUGAAGAAAGUAUUUUGUCAGUUCUCCCAUCAGUGCUCUUCAUUAGUUCCGCAACCUUUCGAAUUGCUCUUCUUUACAGGCAAAAGCCUAAGGUUGGGGCGCGACUUUCCCAAAGGCUGAAGCUGUCUCUGGCAGGCGUCUUUGGUUUGCUCCAGUUGUCACUUCUUGUCAUUUACGCCCGACCGCAGUACCCGGAUCAUCAGCCGUGGGGAAUUGCAGCAUUGGCUCUAGCAGUGGCAGACUCCAUCUUUGUCGCUCUACUCUCGUACUUGGAACAUGAAAGGGCGAUCUCCCCAUCCGGCAUAUUGCUGUCUUAUCUUCUGUUGUCGACAUUGCUCGAUGCCGCUCGCCUAUUAAAGGGCUUAUUCUUUUCGUUGAAUCAAGGGCAAAAGACUGAGCACUUUCUCGACUCACAAGAUGCUGCACGAUCGCCCGAGGAAACGAAAGGACUGUUUAGCAAUGGCCUGUUUCUGUGGACAAACUCUCUCCUUCGGAGGGGCUUCAAGAAGGUCCUUUGCUUGAGCGAUCUCUACAAUGUUCCAGGGGAAUGCAUUGGCGUUGAACUAGACCAGAGGUUUGAAGAGGCUUUCGAAAAGAGCCAGGCAAAGAAUUAUAGGCUUGUCAAAGCCGCGUUGAGAGUCUUCAUGUUCACGUUGUUGCGUCCAGCCAUGCCGCGAAUUUUCCUUCUGGCAUUCACCUUAUUACAACCGAUUCUAAUGCUGGAGCUUCUUCGCUGGCUGGAACAGGCCUCCCAUCGCGACAUGAAUAUAGGCUACGGCUUAUUGGGAGCCAACGCCAUAGGAUAUGUAGGCCUGGCUAUCGCCACUGGUGCGUAUUGGCGUCUUCAGCUCCGAUUCAUCACGACCCUCCGGGGAACAUUGCUCUCAGCGAUCCAUCGAAAGGCACUCCAACUCAGUGAUGUCGAGGCAAAGAAGGCUACUGUGGCUUUGAUGAGCACCGAUGUGGAGAUGGCAUGCACUGGACUAGAGCAGCUCCACGAGGUUUAUUUCAGUCUGUUGCAGAUCGGCAUCGCAACCUGGCUGUUGGAGCGGCAAGUCGGGGCGGCCUGCGUUUCACCUGCCAUCGUGGCAACGACCUGCGCCAUUGCUACGUACAAAUUGUCCCAGCAUGUGGGUCAAAGUCAGAAAGCAUGGUUGAUGAGCGUACAGAAACGGUUGAAUGCCACUACAUCAGUUCUUUCAGAUAUGAAAACUGUGAAAUUAUCCGGUUUCGCGAGAAGCCUUUCUGAUAGGCUUUCUGAUCUGCGUGAUACCGAGCUUCAAUCUGCCUCGAAAUACCGUAGGAUCUUGGUGUGGGUUAUGGGCUUGGCGUACGCUCCUUCGGCAAUAUCCCCCGUGGUGACUUUGACCAUCUACGCCGCCAUUCAAUCAAACGCCUGGACUUCAUCCAGUGCAUCUCAUAUCUAUACUGCUAUCUCGCUCCUAGGUCUCAUCGCAUCCCCCUUGGUGGCUGUGUUCCAACUGGUUCCUAUGGUUGUAGCGGCACUGAGCUGUCUAGACCGAAUUGAAGAUUUCCUCGCGGGUCCAGCCCACGCGGACUACCGAAUUCCACCCCACGCAACAGGUACCCUGAUUGAUUCCGAAAAGGAGGCAAUGGAGUCUAUCAGUCCUUCAUGUCCUUCAUCAGAUCAGGAACCGGGGCACCGAUCUCGAUUUGCCUUGACCAUCCAUAAUGCAAGCUUCUCUUACCCUGGAUCAUCUUCUGUCGUGCUUCAAAGCAUUACGGUCAACAUCCCACUGUCGCAGCUCACACUAAUCUUAGGACCUGUCGGCAGUGGAAAGUCUGCACUGCUCCGGGCUAUGCUGGGAGAAAUGGAUCUACUCACAGGCAGCGUGGAAAAGAAAGUCCGAAGUCCUGCGUAUUGCCACCAAUCACCUUGGCUUCUGAACAGCUCUAUCCGAGAAAACAUCGUUGGGCCCGAUCAAGACCUUGACACUGAGCUCUACAGGAAAGCACUGUGGGCUUGCGAGUUGGAUCACGAUCUUCGCGAGAUCAUUGAAGGGGAUCACACCAAGGUCGGAAGUAGCGGCGUCACGCUGAGUGGGGGACAGAAACAGCGCAUUGUAAACAAUUGCCCUUGUCACGGAAGUGCGAUGGCCAGAGCGGUAUAUGCGCGAAAAGAGCUUUUUUUUCUCGACGAUAGUUUCAGUGCGCUUGAUCCCCGCAUGGAGGGGAAGGUUGCGCGGCGCCUUCUCGGACCCAAAGGCAUGAUGCGAGAGAACGGACAGACUGUGGUUGCUGCUUCCAAAGGAGAAUGGUUGUUACCGUACGCCGAUCUGGUUAUUCUUCUUGACAUGAAUGGCAGAAUCCGGGCCCAGGGCUCGCCGGAGGAACUGACAUCACACUUCACCAUUCCAUCCAAGGGUAACGACAUGGAAGACGACGAAAUCUACAUCUCACACCAAGAACCUUUGUCAGUGCCGAAUACAUCUUCCGAUAAGAAAGUCCAACAGACCGAACCAAGGGACCAUAGACUCGAACAUCGCAAUGUUCCAGUUUAUCGUUCCUAUUUCCGCUCCAUGGGUUUCUGGCGAGGCAUGGUAUUAUGUGCUCUUCUGAUUCUCCAGACGGUAUUUUCCAGGUUUCCCACUGUCUGGCUUCAGUGGUGGUUGGAUAAAGACCCUUCGAGCAUGGGGCCUUCAUACGCGACGUACAUCGGAGUCUACAGUCUCUUUCAGGCUGCAUCCAUGAUAUUCACCCUUCUUGCCGCCUUCCAGCAACUGCGCAUUGUCAUGCCACAAACCAGCCGCUAUUUCCACAGUCGUCUCUUGACAGCUACUAUGGGAAUGCCAAUGCCGGCUUUCAGCAAGAUUGACACAGGGUCAAUCAUCAACAAAUUCAGCCAAGACUUGCAAUUAAUCGACUGGAACCUACCAGUCACGUUUCUGAAUGCCUCGGAAGGUGCUCUCGUGACAUUGGCACAGGUCAUUAUCAUCGCAAGCUCCUUUCCCUACAUCUUCAUCGCAUUCCCAGUUCUCUUCGCCGUUGUGCUCGCCAUUCAGAGGUUUUACCUGCACACAUCGAAGCAAGUACGCGCGAUGGACAUUGAGGCGAAGAGCCCGCUGCUCGAUCACUUUCUCGAGACCAUAAAUGGCCUCCAUACAGUUCGUGCAUUUGGCUGGCAGCACCACAUCCGCAAAAGGCACGACGCGCUUCUUAACGCAUCACAAAGACCCUACUACCAGCGAAUCAUGGUCCAAAGAUGGCUUAACCUCGUGCUCGACAUGUUAGCUGCGGGAGUCGCGAUUCUUGUCGUCGGACAGGCCAUCAGACUGCAAACUCGGUCGACGCUGGUCGGACUCGCACUGGUCAAUGUCAUCUCCCUGAAUGAGACCCUGCAACUGCUGAUCCUUCAAUGGGCGGUGAUGGAGAUUUCACUCGGAUCCAUCACACGUUUGGAAGAAUUCACGGUCCAAGCCAGAACCGAUCGUCUCCUCGAGCAGCAAAGCAACUUUUCUGUCCAGGCAAUUGGAGAUGAUGGUCCCGACGUGCUCAAGAACAUUUGCUUGUCCAUCCCCGCCGGCUUUGAAGUGGGAGUCUGCGGUCGAACGGGCAGCGGAAAGAGCACUCUGAUCUCUGCACUGUUUCAGAUGAUCGACCUCACCUCUGGGUGUAUCGUCAUCGACGGUGUUGACAUCGCAGAGCUCGAUCUCGAAUCGGUCCGCUCGCAUCUGAUCGGUAUAUCCCAGCACAGUUACAUUAUGCCGGGAAUUUCCGUUCGAGAUAAUCUGCAGCUGUGGUGUGUCAACCCAUCGGAGGAUUCUCAACUCAUCGCAGCCCUGCAGAAAGUCAAUCUUUGGGGUUUGGUCUCGGAACGAGGAGGACUCUCGGCUAUCCUGGACAAUGAGACAAUGUCUGCCGGACAGAGUCAGCUUUUUACUUGUGCGCGAGCCCUCCUGCAGUCUGGGUCGGUAGUGGUGUUGGACGAGCCGGCCAGCAGCCUCACAGCUGAGACGGCGGAUUCAAUCCAACGAGUAAUUUUGGAGGAGUUCAAGGAGCGGACGGUAAUUGCUGUCAUGCACCAGAUUGAGAGGUUACUGGAUUUCGAUAUGGUGGUGGUGAUGGAGGAUGGUCGAGUGGUGGAGAUGGGCCAGCCUCGGGAGCUGCAGGAUGGUAAUGGUCUCUUUCGAGGUCUUCUCGACGCAAGUCAAUCAAAUCGAUGA